ACAUGAAUUUUUUCUGGUUCAGAUUUUGCUAAGCGCAAGUUGAACAUAGAAAUAGGCUAAUACUUAAAAUGCAAACCAUGUCAUCCAACGAACCACUACAUAAUCCAGAGGAACGAGACACAUGGAGUUUGUCCUCAUGGAGAAAGUAUCCAGCCAAACAGCAACCACAAUGGCCGGAUCAAGCCGACUUGGAGAAAUCCCUCAGAGAACUACGCGAGUAUUCUUCCAUCGUCGUACCGGAAGAUGUGGAAAGACUGAACAUGCAGCUCGACGAGGUAGCUUGUGGCAAUCGCUUUCUUCUCCAUGGUGGAGACUGCGUUGAAACCUUUGCUGAUGCGACGUAUGAGAUUGUUACAAAGAAACUUGAUCUACUGGUGAAACUGAAGCGAAUAUUGGAAGAAAAUUUAAACAUAAAGUGCACGACAAUUGGUAGAAUUGCUGGACAGUAUGCUAAACCAAGGUCCAAUCAGAUCGAUGAAGAUGGGCUUCCAGUAUUUCGUGGUGAAAUGAUCAACGGGUUCCAGGCAGAGAGUAGAACACCAGAUCCGAAGAGAUUGCUUCAAGCGUACAAAUAUUCAUCAGAAACAUUAGACCACUGCAAAAAAUAUUUCUCCAAAGAGAGUAACAAAGUUGCAAGUAAUGAAUUUUUCACAUCUCAUGAGGGGCUACUACUAGACUACGAAGAGGCAGGAACGCGUAGUAUAAACGGAAGUUUCUAUAAUUUGACGUCACAUUACAUCUGGGUAGGUGACAGGACGCGACAGGUAGACCAUGCCCACUUGGAAUACGUGCGUGGUUUAAAGAAUCCCAUUGGUAUUAAGGUUGGACCAACGAUGUUAAGCGAUGAAUUGAUAAAAGUGAUAAAGCGUCUGAAUUCACAUGAAAAGAAGAUAACACUAAUUACACGAUACGGAGUAGCUAAUGUUGAGAACAUCCUUCCGUUGCAUAUCGAUGCUGUUAAAUCCGCUGGGUUUACAGUGAUUUGGUCUUGUGAUCCGUGUCAUGGAAAUACAAAAGUUACUCAAGCUGGGUACAAAACGAGAUAUUCCGAUCAGAUGCUGAAAGAGCUCGAAUUAACUGUGAAGAUUCACGCCGCCAUGGGAAGCCGUUUGGGAGGAAUCCAUUUGGAAACGACGGGAGAAAAUGUAACGGAAUGCAAUCUCUCAGAAGAUGAGGAACCCACGGCAUACACGACGUAUUGCGACCCUAGACUUAAUUAUGAGGAAGCAAUUGAGAUAACCAAUAAGUUUGCAUGUUUGUAUUUAUCAGAAGGUGUAUGAAACAUGGAAAGUCGGAAUUUAAAAUAAUCACGCUAGAAUAAAAGCCUUAUAGGAAAUAUUUUAUUAAU